UAGAGAAGAAGCGCAAAGUCGUUGAAUUCUGGGAUUGCAAUGGCAGCCGUCGUGGAUGUAAACAUAUACGUGCUCUGUGCUACCCAUUUUCUGAUGUAAUAUACUGAUUUAAUCUUAUGCUCACAUUUUAUUGGAUUUAUUUUGUAAUAUAUUGGUGACCAGCUGUCGGAAUUGGGAUCCGGUCGUUUAUGCAACUGCGUGGACCGCUAACAGGCGCUAAUCACAACAGCCGCCUGCUCAUCGGUCCUGCUAUCCGGAGUUAGCUAACCGAUAGAGAUUAUGGAUGAUGAUGUGUCGAUGCACAGGCUUGAAGGCAGUGAUGUAACGGCUCAAGUUGGCGGACUGAUCAUAAAGAAGAAGAGUGCGGCAGCCGAGCCUCAUGUUUUCCGGGCCCCCACUCCACGCACCUCUCUCCUGGGCCUGGAUCUUCUAGCAGCUCAGAAGAGAAAAGAGCGCGAGGGCAAGGAGUCAGUCGAUUCAGCCGGUGAUGACAGGACGAAUAAAAAAUCCAAGGUUACCUCCUACACAGACUGGGAAGAAGGGAAAAGUGAUUCCGGAUCUGACGAUGAAGAAGAUAACAAGGACACUGGUAUAAAGAAAGAGGGCAUUCGCAAGUAUCGCGUGACCGGCUCUGAAACACCAUCCAACCCUGGUGGUGUGAGUGAAGAGUUCCGCCAGAAACACCUGCAGAGGGAGAAAGAGAGACGUGAACAUGGAGUCCAUGCUUCCUCCAAAGAGGACAAAAACAGUGAUCAAGAACCUGAACGAGAGAGGGGCAAAGACAAACACCUGGACAGACGGAAUGAACGAGACGAGCGGGAGCGUAGCCAGAACCAUGGGAGCAGCAGUGGCCGCUCAGAACGUGGAGAGAGGAGCGAACGCUCCCAGAGAGAGGGCUGGUCUGACCGUCUCAGCCGAGGGAGUAAGAGGGACGAGCCACCCACACCCAAACAACGUCCAAGAGAUUCCUUCACACCAUCCCGGUCCAACUGGGAGGAAGACGACAGCGGUUACUCCAGCUCAAAGCACUCUUCCCAGUGGGAAUCUCCGUCUCCCGCUCCCUCCAACCGAGAAGGUUCCGACCGCUCGGAGCGUAGCCAGCGCUCUGUCAGGGACAGCGAGCGCAGGGACAGAUCGGUCAGAGGUCGUUACCCCGAUGACACACCACUGCCAACCCCCUCCUACAAGUAUAACGAGUGGGCCAACGAUAGGAAGCAUUUAGGCUCUACACCUCGUCUGUCUCAAGGAAAAGGGAAAAAAGGAGAGGGACAGGAAGGAAUCAUGUUUGACAAUGAAUCUGAAAAGGAACAGUGGGAGGAAGACCAGAAGCAAGCCGACCGAGACUGGUACAUGAUGGACGAAGGCUACGACGAGUUCCACAACCCUCUGACGGCUACCUCUGAAGAUUAUGUGAAGAAGAGGGAGCAGAUCCUCCAGAAGCAGACGCAGAAGCGAAUAUCUGCCCAGCGACGGCAGAUCAAUGAGGAUAACGAGCGCUGGGAGACAAAUCGAAUGCUGACCAGCGGGGUGGUACAGAGGCUGGAGGUGGAUGACGACUUUGAGGAAGACAACGCCGCCAAAGUUCACUUGCUUGUCCACAACCUGGUCCCCCCCUUCUUGGAUGGGAGAAUAGUGUUCACCAAGCAGCCGGAACCAGUUAUCCCUGUUAAAGACCCUACAUCUGACAUGGCCAUCAUCUCUCGUAAGGGCAGCCAGCUCGUCCGUAAACAUCGUGAGCAGAAGGAACGCAAGAAGGCGCAGCAUAAGCACUGGGAGCUGGCUGGAACCAAGCUGGGAGACAUCAUGGGCGUCAAGAAGACUGAGGAGAGUGAUGGGACUCCAGCAGACAAGCCAGUAGGCGAGGACGGCAAGGUAGACUACAGAACCGAGCAGAAAUUUGCAGAUCACAUGAAAGACAAAAGCGAGGCGAGCAGUAAUUUUGCCAAGAAUAAGACCCUGUUGGAGCAAAGGCAGUACCUGCCCAUCUUUGCUUGCAGACAACAACUUCUAAAUAUCAUCAGGGACAACAGCAUUGUGAUCGUGGUUGGGGAGACGGGGAGUGGCAAGACCACGCAACUGACCCAGUAUCUGCACGAGGACGGCUACACCAGCUACGGUAUGGUAGGCUGCACCCAGCCUCGCAGGGUGGCCGCCAUGAGCGUGGCCAAGAGAGUCAGCGAGGAGACAUCCAGCAACCUAGGAGCGGAGGUGGGCUAUGCGAUCCGCUUCGAGGACUGCACGUCCGAGAAGACGGUGAUCAAGUACAUGACGGACGGCAUCCUGCUGAGGGAGUCUCUGAGGGAGUCGGACCUGGACCACUACAGCGCCGUCAUCAUGGACGAGGCCCACGAGCGCUCCCUCAACACCGACGUGCUCUUUGGCCUGCUCCGCGAGGUGGUUGCGAGGCGGUCAGACUUGAAGCUCAUCGUCACCUCUGCAACCAUGGACUCCGAUAAAUUUGCAGCAUUCUUCGGCAACGUUCCCAUUUUCCACAUUCCGGGUAGAACCUUUCCAGUGGACGUCCUGUUCAGCAAGACUCCUCAAGAGGACUAUGUUGAGGCAGCGGUGAAACAAGCCCUGCAGGUCCACCUAAGUGGGAUGGUGGGCGACAUCCUCAUCUUCAUGCCUGGUCAGGAGGACAUUGAGGUGACGUCGGACCAGAUCCUGGAGCGUCUGGAGGCCCUGGACAGUGCUCCUGCCCUGGCCGUGCUGCCCAUCUAUUCCCAGCUGCCCUCAGACCUCCAAGCCAAGAUCUUCCAGAAGGCUCCGGAUGGGGUGAGAAAGUGCAUCGUUGCCACCAACAUUGCUGAGACCUCGCUGACCGUGGAUGGCAUCAUGUUCGUGGUGGACGCAGGCUACUGUAAACUCAAGGUGUUCAACCCACGCAUUGGAAUGGAUGCCCUGCAGGUGUACCCCAUUAGCCAGGCUAACGCUAACCAGCGUUCGGGUCGUGCUGGCAGGACCGGGCCCGGGCAGUGCUAUAGGCUGUACACGCAGAGCGCCUAUAAGAACGAGAUGCUGACCACCACCAUACCUGAGAUCCAGAGGACCAACCUGGCCAACGUGGUGCUGCUGCUCAAGUCCCUGGGCGUGCAGGACCUGCUGCUCUUCCACUUCAUGGACCCACCCCCAGAGGACAACAUGCUGAACUCCAUGUACCAGCUGUGGAUCCUGGGCGCCCUGGACAACACAGGUGGCCUGACUCCGACGGGUCGUCUGAUGGUGGAGUUUCCCCUGGACCCGGCGCUGUCCAAGAUGCUGAUCGUGUCCUGCGACAUGGGCUGCAGUGCAGACAUCCUCAUCAUCGUCUCCAUGCUGUCGGUGCCCGCCAUUUUCUACAGACCCAAGGGUCGCGAGGAGGAGAGCGACCAGGUCAGGGAGAAGUUUGCGGUGCCCGAGAGCGAUCACCUCACCUACCUCAACGUGUACACGCAGUGGAAGAACAACAACUACUCCAGCGUCUGGUGCAACGAUCACUUCAUCCACACCAAGGCAAUGCGCAAGGUGCGUGAGGUACGCUCUCAGCUGAAGGACAUCAUGGUGCAGCAGAAGAUGAACCUCAUGUCCUGCGGCUCCGACUGGGACAUCAUCAGGAAGUGCAUCUGCGCUGCCUACUUCCAUCAGGCGGCCAAGCUCAAGGGUAUCGGAGAGUAUGUCAACGUGAGGACCGGCAUGCCGUGCCACCUCCACCCCACCAGCUCUCUGUUUGGGAUGGGCUACACACCAGACUACAUCACCUACCACGAGCUGGUCAUGACCACCAAGGAGUACAUGCAGUGUGUGACCGCGGUGGACGGGGAGUGGCUGGCGGAGCUGGGGCCCAUGUUCUACAGCAUCAAACACGCCGGGAAGAGCCGUGGGGAGAACCGUCGGCGGGCCAAGGAGGAGAUCACCAUCAUGGAGGAGGAGAUGUCGAUGGCUGAGGAGCAGCUCCGCUCGCGCCGGGAGGAGCAGGAGAAGAAGAGCACCAACACCGGCAGCGUUCGGUCGGUGAAAAUCCUCACCCCAGGACGAAAAGAAGAGGCACCCAUGACGCCCAGACGCACGCCGGCGCGCUUCGGUCUGUAAAGGGAAAAAAGCGACAGGCACACCUCGCUUCAUUACGGACACCACUGCAGUUCCAUUAGAGGCCACUAGAGGGAGAACUUGUAUAAGGUUCCCCGGGUCUACCUGCCGUUGAGCUCCAUCAAAAUGCAUCAACCGUCAGCCAUGUCAGUGACAGAAUACAAUGCAAUUUUUUUUUUUAACAGCUCUGAUUGCUUAUAAAGGAUUAAAAGAAGAAUUAUGUUUUUAUCCACAAUUCAAUAUCUUAGAGUACCUUGCAAUGACCAUUUUGCAAAUGAUCCAAUUUCAUUGUUGUAAUUUGCGUCUUUGUGUCCCUGUGAUUGCUGGUCUUGUGGCUACUUCUGCAGCUUUCCUCUCACACUCAAGAGAUCAAUCUCCCAUACUGCAUCAUUGGGCCGACCCCACUCUACUGUGUUGUGUGUUGUGGGCUGAACAGCAUGUGUGUGUGUGUGUGUCAUUAUGAAGUGCUCCUCAACCAACUGAAGCACUAUUCAAACCGUACUCGGAGCAUGAGUGUCUUCAGAAUAGUUAUUGUAAGACAACCCCCCAACCCCUAUACAAACACAAAAGCAUACAAAAUUGAUCUUUCUCGGUCUCUCUAUUAACCUUGCCUCAGCAUUGUAACACCCACCUUGAUCAAUACAUGUUGGAUUAAACUUGUAAUUUUUCAAUUUAAAUACUUUUGUGUUGGUAAUGUAAGCUGCCUCAUCAGUGUUCUCUUCACUGUUCAUUUGUGAAUGAAUCUUAUUUUUAUUUAAUGACAAUUGGCAAGUUUGUGUUGGUACGGUAUGGGUGCCUAUUGUAGACCAUCAAAAAGUUAGUGUUUUUCAUUAUCGCCAUCUAUGCGCUGGACAUGUUAUUUUUUGGGAGGGUGUAGGGGGGGUUGCCAUGUUCUGUGCUUAUGUGUCUUACAGUAGUGGUCAGUCAAUUCAAUAUGAUUUGUAUUGCAACUUCUUUUUAAAGUAAUAAACACUAUUUUUGCUAGUGUU